AUGUCUACCACAGUUUUUGUUUCCGGCGCCAAUGGCUUUAUUGCUCAACACAUUAUCAAGCAAUUGCUUGAAAAGAACUACAAGGUGAUUGGAUCUGUUAGAUCUCAGCAAAAGGGAGAGGACCUUAUCAAAAACUUUAAAAGUUCAAACUUGUCUUACGAAAUUAUCGAAUCGCUUUCUAAGGAAGGAGCAUUUGACAAAGCGCUUGAAAAUCACCCAGAAGUUGAGGUAUUCUUACAUACUGCUUCCCCAGCUACGUUUGCUACCGAAGACUUGAAAAAUGAUCUCUUGUUGCCAGCAAUUGAUGGUACCAAAAAUGUAUUGAAGUCAAUCAAGGCUCAUGGUAAAAAUGUCAAGAAGGUAGUAGUUACAUCUUCUAUUGUCUCAAUCGCCAAGGUGACGAGGGGCCCUACAGGCACCAUUAACGAGAAGGAAUGGAACGACAUCACCUGGGAUGAAGGUUUACAAAACGGGCUUACAGCUUACGUUGCUUCCAAGACUUUUGCUGAGAAGGCUGCUUGGGAGUUCGUUGAAACAAACAAACCAAGCUGGACAUUGACCACCGUUAACCCCGUAUUCGUAUUCGGUCCCCAAGCUUUUGACUCGUCGGUGAAAGGCGGUAUGAACCUCACCAGCGAAAUUCUUCUUUCACUGUUGCGCUUGAAGCCGGAAGACCCACUUCCCGAAACUGAUGGUUAUUUUGCCGAUGUACGUGAUGUGGCUAGAGCUCAUAUUGCAGCCUUUGAAUCUCCAGAUGCUGCUGGUCAAAGAUUGUUGGUUAAUUCCGAAGAGUUCAACUUCCGUAAGAUUCUUGACAUCAUCAACAAGAAAUUCCCACAACUCAACGUCGUUAAGGGCUCUUCCGAAAAGGUCAAGUUGCCAUAUGUGCUUGACAGUUCCGCUAGUAGAAAGAUCAUUGGUGACAAGUUCAUUGACUUGGAAACCUCGGUCUAUGAUUGCGUUAAGCAAUAUGUUGAUAACAAUUAG